AUGUUUCUAUUUUUGUGUUUUCUUUUACUUUUUGGCAUAAAAGCUUUAGAGUUAGAGAAUCUAUGCGGGGAAUUGGAAGAGAUCGACAAAUCGAGUGUGCAUUUCCCGAAAAGUUACGGUCAUUUCGGUCUACCGUGGCACUAUUUUAAGAGGUCAAAAGUCUAUGCGGGGACAAAGUUGUUGAAGAGUUGGAAUCUCGUGAAACAGCAUAAGAUCCAAGGGCUCAAUGAAACGGUGGAAGGAUUGAUUAAAUUCCUCGACGAGAGCCGCUGUUUAUUUUUUGUUUACGGAGGAGCGGUGAGGGAUUUGGUGAUCGGUGAAUACCCGAUGGACAUCGAUGGAACGGUUACUUGUAACCCGCAUAGGCUCAAGAGAAUCUGCAAAUUUCGUUAUGGAUUAGGAAAGUGCAAACGGCCACAUUUUGGAAGUGAAAAGUUGACGAUUGGUGCGAUUCCUGAUGAGAAUGACACAAACCUCUCAUUGGAGCCGAUCGAUUUAGCGCAUUGGAAUACAUCGUUUGAAGUGUUCGGAUCGGAUCUCGAGUUCUCCGUGAACACUCUCUCAUUGUACAAUGAUCCCGAGGAUUUGGAUAAGAUCUAUUUGAUUGAUUUGACCGGUGAUAGUCUGUCAGAUUUGUGUAAAAAGAAGAUCACAAUCCCGACAAAAGACAAUUAUUGGAAUGAAUGGGUUUCAUUGAACAAACUGUACAGAUUUUCUAAGCUCCGAGCAUGCGGUUUUGCAGCCUCUGAUGAGAAAAUUCUUGCCUUUAUCGUACAGAAAGUCAAGGAGAAUUACGAUGAAGUUUUCUUCAAAAAAUUCUUCUGUCACUCAUUUCUCGAUGGAUCCUAUGAAGUGAAGGGAAAUGUUUGUGUUCAUCAAUUUGUGAAUGCCCGAAAGAAGCAACGGAUUCAAACAUUUGUGAAUUCGCUUCAAGACGAUUACGGCUUUGAUUUCUAUGAGAAAAAAUUCAAAAACGCGAUUCUCGAGAUUUAUUCUUUAGAAAAA